GACACAAACAUGAGCUGAGCGGCGAUAAGGCGAGCGCUGCGCGGCUUCGCGUUGGAAACUUGGGAGCAAAAUGUGCCUUUUAGACCUGGAAUAUGAGAUUUCCAAAACGGAUUACAUUUAGUAGUAUGCUGUGUCACAUCACCGGGUCAAACAAGAGGAUUACUUUAAACAUUUUCAACUCUACAGCAGCACAGAAUCAGGUGCGUUGCUGAGGCAAUCUAAAAGUGACGCGACGCUGAAACUAAAGGGCAGUGGAAUUACCUUUGUUUUUGCUUAUUUGGAAACUUUGCGUUAUUGAUACCUGCGAUUCUCAGACUUUUUGUCAUCGUAUGAGUCUGGUAGGGAAUAUUAACUAUCCUUUUCCCGAUUGAGAUGCAAGUUCGCGCCGUCUGAGUUGAUGGGGAGAACGAGACAGCUAUCAAACCUCACAGAGAAACUUGCGGAGAAAAACAUGCCGUCUUUUCAUCCAUGGCGACAUGGCAUAUAGGUUCCUGUCCAGCCGAAUCGUGCCACCCUCAAACAGAUUAAGCAGAAGAUUUAUUUUUAUAUUCACUGUCUCUUUGUCUUUCAUGUAUCUAUGCUACAGCAUCCUCUUCUGCUCCGGUACAAUCAUGCCUAACCAGAGAUUGGAGGAGCACCACUGCGUCCGUCUGAAGAACAUGGGGAGUAAAAAACUUUUACAGAAGUCACAUUAUUGCACUAUAUCAGCGAAAGCAAGAGUCAUCUCGGGCGAGACGAGGGCUGUGGGUCUCUUAAACCUUACUGGCAACCAAAGCAAACAUUCACCCAUUCAGAAAACAACACAAGAUGUGCUAGAUCACAAGCAGAGUAAUAACAGUAAUUCGCCAAAAUACGGGAAUAAGAAGUUGCCCAAUGCACUUAUAGUUGGCGUUAAGAAAGGAGGCACCAGGGCGGUGUUGGAGUUCAUCCGGAUUCAUCCAGAUGUUCGAGCUCUUGGGACCGAACCACAUUUCUUUGAUAGAAACUAUGACAAAGGACUGGACUGGUACAGGGGCCUUAUGCCACGGACUCUAGACAGUCAGAUCACCAUGGAGAAAACACCAAGUUACUUUGUGACCCGGGAGGCGCCACGACGCAUCUCAAACAUGUCUCGCGAAACAAAGCUGAUCGUAGUAGUGCGGAACCCAGUCACGAGGGCGAUCUCCGACUACACACAGACCCUGUCGAAGAAGCCAGACAUCCCUUCUUUUGAGGAACUAGCUUUCAAGAACAGGAGUCAAGGCAUGGUGGACACCUCCUGGAAUGCCAUCCGCAUAGGCAUGUACAUCCUCCACCUGGAGAACUGGCUGCAGUAUUUCCGUCUAUCGCAGAUCCAUUUUGUCAGCGGGGAGCGGCUCAUCACGGAUCCAGCCGGAGAGCUGGGCCGCGUUCAGGAUUUCCUGGGGCUCAAACGCAUCAUUACGGACAAGCACUUCUACUUCAACCGAACAAAAGGCUUCCCGUGCCUGAAGAAGCCAGAAAGCAGCAGCCAGCCCCGCUGCCUGGGCAAGUCCAAGGGCAGAACUCACGUUCAGAUUGACCAGGAAGUCAUUGAGCAGCUUAGAGAAUUUUAUAGGCCAUUCAAUGUGAAAUUUUAUGAAAUGGUGGGUCAUGACUUCAGAUGGGACUGAGGAGGAGGACCUUGAUGAAACCAGCCUUGCUUUCCUGAUGAUGAACACAUCUUCAAGGGAUAGUUCGCCUAAAAAUGUAAUUCUAUCAUGAUUUACUCACCCUAAAAUUGUUGCAAAUCUGUAUUCCCGUUUUUCUUCUGUGGAACAUAAAAGAAAAUAUUAAGAAGAAUGUGCAGUCUGAUCAAUUUCCGGUAAAUCAUAUGGACUACUCUUAUAAUACAUUUAUGGAGUUUUAGCAGUCUUCAGUCUAUUCUAUAUACACUAUCCUUCAACAGUUUGGGGUCAGUAAUAAAUACGAAUAGUUCCCUAAAAAAUAUUAAUGAGCACUACUGUUUUCAACACUGAUUACAUGAAACGUUUCUUGAGGAGCAAAUCAUCAUAUGUGACCCUGGAGCUCAAAACCAGUCUUAAGUAGCACGGAUAUAAUUUAAGCAAUAGCCAA